AUGACCACUUCGGGGACCCACUGGUGUUCCGUCUGCUACUUCCGAACUCGCGACAGCACCACAGUAAAUACUUCACGGAGUCACAGCCGGUCAUUGGGCCUGGAGCAAACACCGCUGAGGAACCACAGGCUAGAGCAGACGCCCGCCCCCCUCUCCCCAGCACCGGCCUUUAGAAAACAACAGCUCCCCUAUGCUCGUGCGUCCCCCGGUGGUGCUGCCCGUAUACAGACUCCGGGGUUAAAGGACCCCUUCACCCCACCCAGCCCAGCCGCCUCGCUCUCCGACCUCAAAGUGCCGGCCCUCCACAACACUACUUACCGAUUUCAGCCGCACUCGCGUGAAAACUUCCCGCCACCAGCCUUUCCUUUUCCUCCAGCUGCGAGCACCCGCCCUUCCGAGGUGCAACCACUAUCUGCGUCAUCGAACAAGACUACGGAUGAUUGGUUCACAUUGGGGGCGGGAUUAGCCAAUGGGAAGCGGUCUUGGAGCUGGGGUGGGGAAGGCUGCGUGUUUCCGGAAGACGUGGCGGCUCUGCCCUGGGCUGUUUCCCGGCUUCUCUUCUCCCGACUUUGCUUCACGCCCUGGGCGCCUGGAGGUCCGGUAGCCGCUGCCCUCACUGCCGCAGCCAUGAUCUCCUUAACAGACACCCAGAAAAUUGGAAUGGGAUUAACAGGAUUUGGAGUGUUUUUCCUGUUCUUUGGAAUGAUUCUCUUUUUUGACAAAGCUCUACUGGCUAUUGGAAAUGUUUUAUUUGUAGCUGGCUUGGCUUUUGUCAUUGGUUUAGAAAGAACAUUCAGAUUCUUCUUCCAAAAACAUAAAAUGAAAGCUACAGGAUUUUUCCUGGGUGGAGUAUUUGUAGUCCUUAUUGGUUGGCCUUUGAUAGGCAUGAUCUUUGAAAUCUAUGGAUUCUUUCUCUUGUUCAGGGGCUUUUUUCCUGUGGUCAUUGGCUUUAUUAGAAGAGUGCCAGUCCUUGGAUCCCUCUUGAAUUUACCUGGAAUUAGAUCAUUUGUAGAUAAAGUUGGAGAAAGCAACAAUAUGGUAUAACAACAAGUGAAUUGAAGACUCAUUUAAAAUAUUGUAUUAUUUAUAAAAUCCUUUGAAGAAUAUUCAGCACAAAAUUAAAUUACAUGAAAUAGCUUGUAAUGUUCUUUACAGAAGUUUAAAACAUGUAGUCUACAGAGUACCAGUAGCAGUUAACAAAGAGGCCAUGAGAACAGGCUUCUAAUCAGGUGAGCUAAGAAGUCAGCAAGCAAACUAAAGGAGAUGAAUCUAUGUUACAAUACUUAUUGAAACUCUUGAAGGCGAUUUUUAUUGUUUAUCCACAAUAUGCGAAACACAGCCAUCCUUGGAGAACUGUGGGGCCUGUUUCUUUUCUUCUUCUUUUGAAGGCGCAAGAGCACCCGUAGGCAUUUGCUUUUUAGAAAUAUCCACUGGAGUGGCAGAAGUAUUUCCAGUUGCACUGUGUGUCUGAAAGUGAUGCAUGAGUUAGAUUGGAUUAUGUCAUUUAAUGUAUUAAAACUAAGGAAAACCCAGUUUUGAUGUAUUAAUCACUUUUUUUUUGUAAACAUAUGGUUAAAAUAAAACAUUUGUGGUUCUUCUGAUUCUUAAUAUUUUAAAGCCAGAUGAAAAUCUGAACUAGAUAUUCACUGACAGAAUAUGCAAAGGUCAUUCUUUAUAACUAAACACUCCAGAACUACUCAUACUUCUUGAGAGUCUGACCUAAUUAUCUGUAUCUUUCAUUACAUGUAAGCAUCUAACAAAAACCAUUAAGUAGUCUGUUACAUACCUUUUUUCAUUGAAUAGUCUUUUAUUUAAGAUACCAAAUGAUGCAAGCCAAAUGGAUUUUUCCGUCAUGGUGUAGUUUUUCUUUUCUGUGUUUUGUUGUUGUUGUUUUUUUACUUUUGUAGUGAUUUUAUCAUUUUCCUUUUCAUAAAUUAAAUAACUUGAUAAUAUUUAAGAUGUAACAUGUUAAAAGGUUAAAUUUACAUUUGUUAAGAGCUUUCCAUGUAAAGCUGAGUUUUCCUUUAUUUUUAGCUUUUUCCUAACAUCAGAAUCAAUAUGCAUGAUGAAUCCUUCAUAAGAUCACUCUUUGUCUUGAGUUCAUGGAGAAAAUAUCUGAAUUCACAUGCUAAAGUUAGUUUACUAUAAUUAAACAGACUAUAGUUUCUUAAAAACAUGACACUAAAAAAAUGUGUUGUUUUUUCUACCAUUGAUGCUUGUCUGGCAGAAAGAAACAAUGGCCAUUUCUUCAUUAGUUUUCUGAGGUGGCUGCUUUUCUGGUAGAUGUAAGAACACAUUUCAACAGUUAUAGUACUACUUGUUUUACCACUAAUGAUUGCACUAUUUACUUUUUUUUAACAGUUGCAUAGCUUUUUAAUGUACAAAAUCAUAACUGAAAUUUGUGAUUUUUAUUUACAAACAUGUCUACAAAAUAUAUCACAGCUUAUGUUAUUUUUAGUUAAAUCUUGAUGCACAGAGAACACCCAUCCUUGCUGGUCUAAAGAAGAAAAGAUUUGGUAUAUAGUUUAAUGGUUCAGUCUUGUGGAUUACUGCCUUUUGGUACUGGCAUUUGACUUAUGACAUAAUCUGUGAAACUAGAUGAUAUUGAUGAAAUGAGACUCCUACCUCAAUAGUUCAUGGAAUAAUAAGAGAUCUAGUGUUGUGUCUAAUGUUCUUCAAAAAAGUAAUAUCCUCAUUUGAAGAGUGUCAAGUAUAUACAUAUUUUGGGGAUCAACUUAUACAAGUUGCCCUGUAGGACUCUUAUACAUAUUUUUGACUGAUCCAUAUUAUUUUCAGUGGCUAGAUAAUUGUACUUUUUAGAACAAGAACUGUAUCUGUUAAUGUAAGGAACAUCUAUAUUAUUUAACUCCUUUGUAGACAUGAAUUUCUAUCAAAAUGUUCUUUGCACUGUAACAGAUCUCUUUUUCAAAAUCUUACUUCAGAAUUGUUAUUAGAAGUUGUGUAAAGGAUUUGAUAAUCUCCCAGUCCUUAGUAAGAUUGAGAGGCUAGAGCAGUUUUCAGUUUUCAAAGAGUCCACAGUUAAUUUCAAAUGUGAGUUUUGGGCUGCUUGGCAGCAUUGUAUAUUUCUUCUCAGAACCACUGAUGAGGCUCUGUUUUUAAACAUACUAGUCUUCUGACAGAAAGCACUGUACAUUAUAUUGUUUCUUUCUUUCCAAAGUUGGCCUUCUGUCUUUGUGACAAAAAUAUACUUUGAUUAUUGCUAUGAAGAUGGAGGAAAAGGUCUAAUACUACUUAGCCUUAAGUGUACCUGGCAUUGUUCAAAUGUAUUUUCUGUAACAGAAACAUACUUGCAAUGUUUUUCUUUUCCCCUUAUAAAUUGUAAUUUCUGGAAUAUUGCUGCUUUAAAAAGUCUCACAGUCAGAUUAUAUGAUCUAACAAUUGAAUAUUGUAAAUACACUCGUCUUACCUCUCAAUAAAAGGGUACUUUUCUAUUAA